AUGUCGUUAAAAGACACAGUGUUCUACCCCCGUAUCCAGAAGAAGGGCCCCUUCAGCGUCGAUGCUGCCGGCCACGAGCCAGUGGAGGGCGAGACGGUGCCUCGUCGACAUCCAACGGCCAAGGAGGAGCUGCUCAAGACUCCUCACCAGGAGAUCGCUACCACCUAUGACAACCUGAGAUGGAGCGCGAAGACGUACGGAAACUCCAAGGCCGUCGGAUCGCGGACCCUGAUCACGACUCACGUGGAGAACAAGAAGGUCAAGAAGCUCGUCGAGGGCGUCGAGCAGGAGGUGGACAAGAAAUGGACCUAUUUCGAGCUCAGCGGCUACAGCUACCUGACCUUCGACGAGUAUGAACAGCAGGCGCUGCAGCUCGGUGCCGGUCUGAGGAAGCUCGGCCAUGAAAAGGACAGCAGACUGCAUCUUUUCAGCUCCACGAGCGCGCAUUGGUUAUGCCUCUCGCACGGUGCCGCAUCUCAGUCCAUCACCAUUGUCACCGCCUACGACUCUCUCGGCGAAGAAGGAGUACGACACUCUCUGCUGCAGACUCGCAGCGCAUCUAUAUUCCUUGACCCGUCCCUCCUACCAGUCCUCCAAACGGUUCUGAAGGAUGCAAAGGAUGUCAAGAACGUCAUCUACGACAACACCUCGGAGGUCAAGCAAGAGCAUAUCGAUAGCCUGAAAUCAGAAUUUGACUACCUCAACAUCAUGACCUACGAGGACCUUAGAAAACUGGGUGAAGAGAACCCCGUUGAACCGGUUCCUCCAUCCCGCGAGGACCUGUGCUGCAUCAUGUAUACCUCUGGAUCGACAGGACCACCAAAGGGUGUCCCACUUACGCACGCAAAUGUUGUAGGAGCAAUGGCCGGCGCGGAUUCUAUUGUUGGUCCCUACCUCGGCCCCGGUGACGUCUUGCUCACCUAUCUACCCCAAGCCCACAUUCUCGAAUUCGUGUUCGAGAACCUCUGCUUGUUCUGGGGAGGUACUAUGGGUUAUGGAAGCCCCAAGACCCUUUCAGACACCUCGGUUAGGAACUGCAAGGGCGACAUUCGCGAGUUGCAGCCGACCGUCCUCGUGGGUGUGCCCAUGGUCUGGGAAUCCGUCAAGAAGGGCAUCAUUGGAAACGUCAACAAGAAUAGCGCACUGGUCAAGAGCAUUUUCUGGGCCGGUCUUGCCGCCAAGGAGUUCCUCAUGUCCACUGGCCUCCCCGGUGCUGGCUUACUAGACACGGUUGUGUUCAAGAAGAUCAAGGACGCCACCGGAGGCCGUCUGCGCAUUACUCUCAGCGGUGGUGGCCCGGUUUCCAGAGAAACCCAGAGAUUCCUCUCCAUGGCCAUUUGCCCAAUGAUCAACGGGUACGGGUUGACCGAAACCUCUGCCAUGGGUGGUCUCAACGACCCGCUUGCCUGGACCAACGACGCAAUCGGAGAGAUCCCUGCUUCCAUCGAGAUGAAGCUGGUUGACUUCCCCGAAGCUGGCUACUUUGCGAAGAACAACCCACCACAGGGAGAAAUCUGGAUCCGAGGCGAGAGUGUUGCAACUCACUACUUUGAGAACGAAGAGGAGACCAAGGAAGCUUUCUCUCCAGACGGCUGGUUCAUGACCGGAGAUAUUGGAGAGUUUGACCAAAACGGCCAUAUCAAGGUCAUCGACCGCAAGAAGAACCUCGUCAAGUCUCUGAACGGCGAAUACAUUGCCUUGGAGAAGUUGGAAUCUAUCUACCGCUCCGCCCCUGUGGUGGCCAACAUCUGCGUGUAUGCUGCCGCUGACCAGGCUAAACCCGUUGCCAUCAUCGUGCCAGCGGAGCCUGCCUUGCUCCAGCUCGCAAAGACCAACGGAAUCCAGGGAGAUAGCAUCGGUACCCUCGUCCACGACAAGAAGCUGAACUCCAUCAUCUUGAAGGAGAUGCAGAAUGUUGGUAAGAACUCUGGCCUCCGUGGGUUCGAGAUCAUCGAAGGUGUUGUCCUCUCUGACGAGGAGUGGACUCCUCAGAAUGGCCUUGUGACUGCUGCACAGAAAUUACAGCGCAAGAAACUGGUCGCCAAGUACCAGCAAGAAAUCGAUCGUGCAUAUGGAAAGUCCUCGUAG